AUGAGUGUUGAAGAGGGUAGCCACACUCUUCCUGACGAGACUGAGCUGUACACCAAGACAUGGAAGUCGGAGGGAUCACCCAAGGCUAUACUUGCCCUUGUUCACGGAUUCAGUGAUCAUUGCAAUGCCUAUUAUGAUCUCUUUCCAACACUGGCAUCAAACGGAAUCGAGGUUCGAGCUUUUGAUCAGAGGGGCUGGGGACGCUCCUUCAAGGGGCGCAAAGACCGCGGAAAUAGCGGCGGUACCGCUCUGGUCCUCUCGGACCUUCACUCAUUCUUACGAGCCAUUCCCGUCCCACCUAACGUGCCUCUCUUCGUGAUGGGUCACAGCAUGGGCGGCGGCGAGGUGCUCAAUUACGUAUUGCACCCAGACUCGCCCUACAACCAGUCAACGGCGCGUCCCCAGCUGGCAGGCGUUCUAUGCUACUCACCUUUAAUUGCAUUGGACCCUGCGACUCGCCCCAUGGCCUUCACGGUCAUCAUGGGCCGACUGGUCGCUCGGGUUUUGCCCAAAUGGCAACGAUACUCUCCCCUGGACGGCUCAUUGAUCUGUCGGGAUGAGCAAGUCGUGAAGGACUACACCUCGGACGAGCUUUGUCACAACACGGGUACUUUGGAGCAGCUAGCGGGGAUGUUGGAUCGUGGGAUUUGGUUGGAGAAGCUCAAGGAGGAGGAUUUGAAGAAUACCGAGGUCUUGCCAAUGUGGUUUGGUCAUGGUAAUGGAGAUCGGAUCACGAGCUGGGAUGCUACAAAGAAGCUUGCGAGUGUUUUGGAGAAGAAGGGUGAUGUCACCUUUGUUACAUAUGAGGGAGGAUAUCAUCGAGUACACAUGGACCCGGGUGAGACGAGGGAACAAUUCUCGAAGGAUGUUUCGGACUGGGUGUUAAAGCAGGCAUCCACGUACUCUCAGCCUCAACCUGAAGCUGAGCCGCAGCCAGUUCCUGAGUGA